AUGAUGGGCUCUUCUGUGCUCGUGGGCACGGUUUCCCUUCUGCUCCUUUUUCACUAUCACCCCGUCACAUCGUCUGGCGAUAGAUCCGUCAUGGUUCAGAUUCUUCAUCUUUCGUCAUCACUUCCCGAUGACGACAGGGAAAACAAACUGGGGUCUAGUACUACAAUGGAUCAUCGUCACCAAAUACAUGUAGAUCUGGAUCCUGCGUUCCUACGUCAUGGUGGUCCUGGUCCAGCUGUACCGGUGCAACCACAACAUGGCGCGAGUGAUCCCAAACAGGACGACAACAAUUGGAAUGUCCCACAUGUCCCAGAUUCCAUGUUUCAAAAGCCAGAUACAGACCGAUGCUCUCAAUUUCUGGGAAAUUCCAUGGGCAAUUCCGAAGCUCGCUUCUUUUCCCUGUGCUCCGACGACAUGAUGAUGGGUACGCUCUGGUGUGAAUGGAAUCCUGUGCUGGAAUCCAGCUUUUGUCAAGCCAACAACCUCAUGGUGGAUCCAUCCAAGAUUACAGUUUCCAAGGGAGGAGAAUCCAUUCAACAAGUCAUGGGACGAGCCGAAGCAGAGGAAUUGCCAAGUUACCAGUCGGGCGCCUUGCACUUGUCACAGUGUGUUCCAAAUCAAAAUCACAUCAACCCCAAAGAUCUGCCCUUUCAUCUCUUUGAUAUGUUUCAAAGCCUAGAUGAAGGAACCAACCGCCAUGUGGAAUGCACAGCCUACGAAGAACGCCCCACUCUGAUCAUUACACGAUACGAAUAUGCCAAUCUGUACCAUACCUACUCGGAUUGGUACAGUGCCUAUCAAGCUGCCAUGAUUGCACUACACGGCAACAGAUCAGCAGUGGAAAAUGUACACAUUGUCUUUUUUGAUGGGCAUGCCCAAGCCAAAACAGACAUGGGAUGGAAGUUGCUCUUUUCCAAUGCCACUGUCUGCUAUAUAUCAGAAUACAAAAACGACAAGAAAGAACCUGCAUGCUUUCGGAAUGCCAUCUUUGUACCCGCAGGGUACACUGCACCCACCUCUGUGACUUCUAUUGAACGUCUGGGAAUGGGGGAACCAGCCUACAAGUACAUAGACGCAUCAUGCCAGAAAAACAAGUGGCAACAGAGAUUCCGAGAAAUGAUGGUUGGCAAUUCCAAACGGUAUUUAAUAGCCAACAAGGCAACGACAAGGCUCAAUCUCCUCCUCCAAGACGGCAACAACAGCCAUCAAGAUCCCAAUUCCCCAAAAAAGAUGGAAGGAAGGAAACAACGCGACAACCAGCCCACUCUACGAGUCAUGUUGCUAUCACGCACCAAUUAUCAAUCCCAUCCCCGUAUGGAUGGCAAAGUAUCUCGUAUUAUUCAAAAUGAAGAAGAAGUCUUGCACUUUUUGGAAGACUACAAAGGUCCCGAUGAGCCCAUGGGCAUUUUGUCAAAGGAAAAUUUUCCAACUGUGACUGUCAAUCGGGUGGUUUUGGAAGAGCAUGAUGUAGCAGAGCAAAUUGUCAUGUUCCAGCAGGCGGAUGUUGUGGUUGGCAUGCAUGGUGCAGGGCUUUCACACAUCUUUCUUGCUCGUCCGGGUACAGUGCUACUUGAGAUCAAGCCGAAUGGAUAUAGUGAUAGUAUGCGCCAUUUUCAAUACCUGGCACAGAUGGCUGGAUGCAUUCAUCGACCUCGUGACUUGCGUACUGAUGAUGACCCCUAUCCCGUACCCAUUUCGGAUUUUGAACAAUCCUUCAAAGAGAGUGUGGCACUGUUCUUGGGACACCAAAACAAUCUAGCAGCCAGUCAGCAGUAA